CCAAAAUGGCGGAUUAUGCGAAAAGGUGAACCUCUACUACAUUUUCGACAAGCAUUUGUUUUUGAUAUGGCCCAGACUGAAGUAACGCCACGCCGACUAAUUCCAGAGGAAGAGGUGUAUCGGCAGGUGUUUGAUGCUGAGGUAAGCCUUGUGAAAGCACUGGAAAACGAAAAGUUACCAUCCAAACCCAGGUCUGCACCUCUGUUACCUCUGGUCAGGGAAUCUAGAGCUGUUACUGGUCAUGGUAUUCUAACGAACCGGCAAAAGAGAUGGAUGCAGGGCCGGCCAAAUGAGAGUAGCAUAGAGAAUCCUGUGCAUUUCAAAUAUGCAGCUCUUGAUGCCAUACAGAAUACUUCCAAACCAGAUAGCUAUUUUGAUGCUCUUGAAGUCAGAGGGCUUCCAGAUACACCAAAAACAACUUACAAGAAGACAAAUAUCAUUGAGAGACUAGAAGCAAGCAGAAAGGAAAGACAUGAGUCAUAUUUGGAAGAUAUGUAUCAAGAGUUUGGAGUCAUCAAUGCUGAACUGGAACCACACAUUCUUGAAUCAUGUGAGAAUUUAAAAGAGCAGUUGCUUGAAAAUGAUUCAGAAAUAGAGCAGCUGCUACAAACAAUCAAAAGUGAUGAUGACCUGUUGCUUCACAACCUGUCUGACUUGGAGGAACUGUGGGAUUCCAUUUCCGGACAUUCCGUUUGUCGUCAAACAUGGAUUAGAGAGUUGGAUGCUAUUCUGGAACAGGUGGAGAACGACAGGGGUAAUUUGAUUCGCGAGACUCUUAAAAGUUACAACAAAGUUCUUGAGCGAGUAGCGCACCUGAUGCCACCUGAUGUACACAGGUUACUUGAGAGAGAAGCUCAACGCGUUAACUCUACUAUUCUGAUGAACAGGAGAGCAUAUGCUGACCUCACUUCUCAUUUACUGAGUGCUGAUGUUGAACGUGAGAGGCAGUGUUACAUCUCCUGGCAGAGAAGGGUGGAAGACUGGAGGCAACUGAAAUGUGAAGUGGCCAUACAGACAUUUAACGAGUUCAUGCAGAGCCCAGCGAUUAAAGAUCCGCCAGACCUUAAAAGGAAGAUGCAGUUUUUCACCUCAGAACAACAGACAUUAAACAAGAAGCGAUUGGAUCUCCUGGAAUCGCUAAGGAAUAUGAGGCCUCCUAACUCCACUAAAUCUGCUGUUUAUCAGUGGAACACUGGACUGACAGACAUAUGCCGUCAACUUGAGGAAGUCCAUGCCAGAUACAAAGACAUUAUACAAAGCGAGUAUGAUCGGGUUAUUGACCAAUGCAUGGAGGAAGUCAACCGUGUCAAGGAACAGUUCCUGUCAGGAGGAAUUCUUAAUGCAGUGAGAACAGAAGAGGUGAUGAAUGAAUCAUUUCUGCCACUCGUCGGUGAAAAGCAAACCAAAUUUGAACACGAGAUCGACAAGAUGGAGCGCUCUUUGGAAAACUUGUGCAAUUUUCACGUCAUGAUGAUCAAAUCUCUGUUCAAGUUUGUACAAGGAGCCGCACAUUUAUGGGACUUACAUGAGAUCGGGUUGGCUCGACAAGAAAGAAACCUUCAGGAACUGUUGGAGAAGAAUCGUAGAGACCAUGAUGGUGCGAAUCAAGUGAAAGAAGCCAAUUUGGAUAUCAUUAUGGACAAAAUGAGACAAGAUUCAAGUGAACAGGCAUUAACAGAUAGUCUGAAAAAAGCGCUUUCAGCUCUGGAUGAAAUAAAACAGUUGUACAACGAUUUCCACGCCCUUGAAAUGCGGACGUCAAGGUCUUAUCCCGAUUUAGUCGAAGAAGAACUGAAGAAAUAUGACGGUGAAGUGUGCAAGUAUUUCCAAGUGGACAGGAGAUCAUCAAUGUCUGAAACUAAACCAAAGAGGAAAGAUUUCAAGUCUGGGAAACCAGAGCAGAGCAAAGCAAAGAAGACCAUCGAAGAUGUGCUCACAACUUCGAACGGCACCACGUUCUAUAUUCUGGUGGAGCCAGGUGAACACGGCCUGCUUGGGAGCCCGGAGAGUAUUAAGAGUAUGAAGACGUGUAUAACCUUUAUUACGGAUACACAAGAAGAGGACGAAGAAGAAGACAUUGUACCGCCUUAUAUUGAGGCCAUCGUGAUCAAGGAAGAACUUUUCUUGGAUCUCAGAAGACACAUAAGAAUGGAGUUCUUGGAACAUCUCGAGGAAUGGAAAAUUCAAGCCAAGGACAGAGCGAACAGUGUUGUAGCGGCUAAGGUUGAGGAGUUGAACAGCGAGUUAGAUUUACGACUUCAUCUACAUGAACCAAGGGCAUCCAGAGCUGAGCAGGAUGUGCAUAAUGUUAGAGCAGCGGAAUUGGUGAUGCAUCGAGAGCGGGUUGAACGCCACUGUAGAGGAGUUACUACGUCGUUGAACGAGUUCAAAACCAGGUUCCAACAGAUGGUCGAAGAACAUGAUAAAGAGACGGACAUUUUUAAACAUUCUGUUCAAGAACUCGAAGCAACAUUUACAUCUGCGACUAAAACUCACGAACUCUUGGUGAUUCAAGAUCAAGUAACUGGGCGAGUUGAGCAAUAUAUGGAUGUGAUCAGAACUUCCCUCAGAAAGUUCCGUCACGAUCUGGACGAUAUGUUGAGCACUCUACGGAAUUCAAAUGCAAGAUUCAGGAAGACGUUCAAGGUAUUCUCUGAUGGUGGAAAUUUUUCGACGGAUGAAGUAGAUGAGUACAGAAAGAAACUAGAGCGUAUGGCGAACAAGAUCGACUCGUCUGAAGGAUCUUUCAUGGCUGAAUUAGAAGGAAUGGAGUCCAAAAGAUUAGAAGCAGCAUAUGACUAUGCUGGAAAGCUGGAGGACAGAUUUAAAAAUCAUUUGUUUGACUUAACAUUCAUGGAAAAAGUAACGAGGUGGCUCACAAACACGCAAGUCAAAGUCAAAAGUGAGGUCGCAUUUAGCAAUUCUCAAGCGAAAAAGCUCGCCAUUUAUUUGUCCACCUUUGAACGUCACAUUGAUGCAGUUGAAAAACCAAAUCUUGACAAAGAGCAAGUGACAGCUCGUGAUGUACAAAGCAGCUUAAUCCCGAUCCUCCAAACAUUCCAUGAAAGGUCAUUGUACUUGAAUUGUCUACUAAAUCCUGCCACGCCCAGUCUGGCGAUUCUACAGGCCGGCCUCAAGAGAAAGGAGGAUAAGAAAGAAGAAGAAAAGAAGGAAAACAAAGGAUCGAAGGGAACGCUCAAGCCAAAGAAAAGCAAGAAAAAGAUUUCCCAGAAAACGGUAACAGAGAACACGGAGACUACAGAAUCCACUGAGACACAGAAUGGGGACGGAGUCAAACCCAAGAGUACUCCAUCACUCUCAAGGGUAGCGAGGGCCACAGAUGGUGAUGGAAGACCAAAAACAGUCCCAGGAGAGCUUAGCCACAAGCUUUCAGAUCAGGAUCUAAAGUCAAGACAAAGGAGCGCUGGUCGAAAAGUAAGUGCGUCUAGACGGGAUCCUUCGGGACCUAGAUACGACAAGAAAUACCUGGUGUUUGGUGAAAAGGUGGAAGAGGGAAGACACUUUAUGGCGCGUAUCAAAAACACAUUGAGGGAAGGCCUGGAGGGUUUAUUGGCUACUUCUGAGAUGUAUUAUCGCCAGAAAGGCCAACGGACUCCAACGCGGCCCCAGGCUAUUCAUGAAAAUUUUGAUCUGUGCGCGGAAGCAUUGGUUCAGCGGUUGACUUCUUAUAAAACUCAGGCCGAGGAAUAUCACAACUCGUGUAUUCAAGAACUUCGCGCGCAGAUGCAGAAGUUUUCAGUAAUUUUAGUUCACCUCCCGCCACUUGUGGUGCAGAUAAUAGUCGCUGAUCAGCUCAGGGACUUGGCCAAAGAGAGGAAAGAAUUAGAGGAAGACUAUGAAGUCAGAGUUCAAGAACUAGAGAAAAGAAAGAAUUUACAUCAAUCUCAACUGCGACCAUCUCUGGGCCAUCCACACAACAGAACCGAGAUGGACACACUUUGUAGCAGCGAGGAGAGAAGAAGACAAGAAGCCUUGGAUGGAGCUAAACAACAUGCAGAAGCAUUAGCGAAACUUGAAGCUCAGUUCGCAAGCUCGUUUAUUGAGAAGCUAGCGCAGACAUGUGAGACCAUGUUACUACAGUUUGAUGCAGUUCUCUCUCUUGAAGAUGUCGAAGUGGGAAAGGUUGAACCCAAACCGAAGAGCACCAAGAGAUUGCUCAGAGAAAAAUUAGCCGGUGAUGAGGACGGAAAAGAUAAGUUGGCGCCUUUCCCGUCUGGUGGUACAUCUUGGGAAGGACUGCCAACGAACGAACUUGUGCUGGAAGAGCCGAUUGACAAGAAGAAUAGAACCCCAACUGUAAAGACUGUUAAGACAACGCAAGGACACCUAGCUGUGAUAAAAUCGCGCAACAAAGCAUAUGAGGGUUACAAAGAAAAGUUUGAUGCUCGACUGACAGCCAUACGAGAAGAAAUGAAUGCACAGAUACAAAACGAAGAACGAUGGACACGAAGUUGGCAACGGUCAAUCACCAAAAUAAAAGAACUUUAUUAAGAUGGUUUCCUCCAGGAAUGGUCGAUUUGAGUUUGUAUUUUAGAACAGUUUGUUUGUAAAAGGUUUUGUUUGACACUGCCCAAAAGAUGAGUAAGCAAG